AUGUCACAUGGCUUUUGUAUGCGUCAGCAACCCAUUGGCUCUCUCAGUCUGACAGGUCUCUCGAGGCCGACGAUUCCAGAGACUGUAUCAGAGGAAGUCGACAAGCUGGAGGAUGAGCACCCUGUAGCAUCCCUCAGUGUCGACGGCAAACGGAGUUUAACGGGAUUACUAGGCGUACAACUAAAGCAGACCAGACUUCAGCAAGAAUUCAAACAAGAGGUAUUUGCUCUUGAAAAGAAGUACCUUGAGCGGACAAAGCCGCUGUUUGAGCGACGCACUGCUAUCAUCUCUGGAUCUGCUGCUUCGACUUCUGAAGAGUUUGCUGCUGGGCAGCCUCUUGCAGAGGAGUUAGGGUAUCUUGAUGGCGAGAAGGAGCUAGGAUUCAAAUUGAAGUUCUACUUCGAGCUGAACGGGUCUUUUGAGGACGAGGUAGUGGAGAAGACGUACAUGAACAGAGUUCGUCUUAUGCGCAAGGCGCACCCCGUUGAAUCUCUUUUCAGCUUCUUUAGUCCCCCUCCGCCGCCGCCUCCGGAAGAAGAGAUUGACGAGGACAAUGAGGAUGCGUUUGAUGCUCGAGCAGAAAUAGAGUCUCGAUUGGAACUCGACUAUCAGAUUGGUGAAGAUAUCCGCGACCGCUUCAUCCCGAGGGCCAUCGAUUACUUUACAGGGAAGGCUCUGGAGUUCGACGUGGACGAUCUUGAUUCGGACGAAUACUCGGACAAUGAUUUUGAAGACGAUGAGAGUGAUGUGGAGGAUGUACCUGGGCAUGGAAGACAUCGACACGCGGCAAAAGGGCGCGGCGCUGGGAAGAAGGGCGAGAUACAAGAGGAGUGUAAACAACAGUAG